UUGGUUUAGACAUUUCCUUCCCGGAUGUGGAUACUAAGCUUAUUUUAUGUGUCCAGCAAAACAUGUCAACGGUGGUAGAUUUAUCCCCGUUUUCUUUACAGAUUUUGUAGAAGAUUUGUUCUCUUCCAGCCCCCCCUCCCCCUUUUUUUGCACCUGCUUUGCUUUGUCAAAGCUCACCGAGCGCUUUAGAGCGCACUGCUCUUACUUGCAUCUCCGUUCAUCGUGCAUGGAUUCUACAUGAACUGGGGUUUUGUGAGGGCUGCAGUAAUGCUCCCAUUUACUGAUAUCGCUUCACAGCUCGCAUUUCCUGACAAAAAUGGACUGCCUAUAAAUGUUUGGUGAGAGAAAAUCAGCUGGCAUUAAAUUAUGAAUGUUGAACAAGAUGACCUCUUACCAUCAGCGCCAGAUGUUGAGAGGUCCUAGAUGGAAAGGGGCUUGGUUUGACCCCUUGUUUCUCCUGCUUUUAGCCCUACAGUUGCUUGUUGUCGCCGGAUUGGUGCGAGCCCAGACCUGUCCCUCUGUAUGUUCCUGCAGUAAUCAAUUUAGUAAGGUCAUCUGCACGCGCAGAGGGCUAAAGGAUGUCCCUGAUGGCAUCUCCACGAAUACACGGUAUCUAAACCUUCAGGACAAUCAAAUCCAGGUCAUCAAAGUAGACAGUUUCAAGCAUCUACGACACCUUGAGAUUCUUCAGCUUAGCAGAAACCACAUCCGUAACAUCGAGAUUGGCGCCUUCAAUGGCCUAACCAGCCUUAACACUCUGGAGCUUUUUGACAAUCGCCUCACGACCAUCCCAAAUGGCGCCUUUGAGUAUCUAUCAAAACUGAAAGAGCUGUGGCUUAGGAAUAACCCUAUUGAGAGCAUACCGUCUGAUGCCUUCAGUCGCCUGCCCUCCCUGCGGCGGUUGGACUUGGGAGAGCUGAAGCGUCUCUCCUACAUCUCGAGUGGAGCAUUUCAGGGCUUGAGUAACCUUCGCUACCUGAAUCUGGGCAUGUGUAACCUCAAAGAGGUCCCCAACAUUCAGCCCUUGAUUCGCCUGGAUGAGCUGGAGAUGUCCGGGAACCAGCUCACCGUCAUCCAGCCCAGUUCUUUUAAGGGUCUUGUCCAUCUUCAGAAGCUGUGGAUGAUGCACGCCCAAGUCCAAACCAUAGAGCGGAACUCCUUGGAUGACCUGCACUCUUUGCGAGAGCUCAACCUGGCUCACAACAACCUUUCCUUUUUGCCCCAUGAUCUCUUCACGCCUUUGCACCACUUGCAACGAGUGCAUUUGCAUCAUAAUCCCUGGAACUGUAACUGUGAUAUUCUUUGGCUGAGCUGGUGGCUGAGAGAGACCGUACCAACAAACACCAGCUGCUGUGCACGCUGUAAUUCCCCUCCCAGCCUCAAAGGGCGCUACAUCGGGGAGCUGGACCAGAGCUACUUUCAGUGCUACGCCCCCGUUAUCGUCGAACCACCUGCUGACCUCAAUUUGACUGAGGGAAUGGCGGCAGAGCUCAAAUGUCGGACAAAUUCAGUGACCUCGGUCAGCUGGCUAACACCAAAUGGCUCCAUCAUAACACAUGGGGUGCUCAAAAUGCGCAUUUCUGUCCAAAACGACGGAACACUAAACUUCUCCAACGUCACCGUCCAGGACACAGGAACAUACACUUGCAUCGUAAGCAACAUGCAAGGCAACAUUUCAGCCUCUGCUGUCCUCAACGUGACAUCCGUUGACAACAGUGGCUUUAGUUACUUCACUACAGUCACCGUAGAGACAAUUGAAACCCCUAUCGAUGGGGAGAGUAGGACACCGGUUCAGCCUUCUUUUGGCUGGGCAUCCUCCUCGACCACAAGGGGAACACCCAUUGCCACCGAGAGAGCGUACACUAUUCCUGUGACUGACAUAGACAUUGAUGGCGCUCUCAAUGGUUUGGAGGAGGUGAUGAAAACCACCAAGAUUAUUAUUGGCUGCUUUGUGGCCAUCACGCUCAUGGCUGCCGUCAUGCUUAUAAUAUUCUACAAGAUGCGCAAGCAGCACCACCAGCAGGAUCAUGAUGGGCCGACCCGCACCAUUGAGAUCAUCAACGUCCACGAGGAGCUGACGAGGGUUCCGGCCAUGGAGAGUCACCUGACUCUUCCGCCCCUAGAGCAUGAGCAUUACAACCACUAUAACUCCUACAAAACUGCUUAUAACCAUGUGUCUGCUCUUAGCUCGCUGCAUAGUUCAGUGCAUGAACCUUUACUAAUCCAAGCCAGCUCGAAGGAUAAUGUACAGGAGACACAAAUUUGACCAUGUUGGACGAAAUUAAUUCUACCAAUGCUGUUUAAAUUUUGGUUGUGGACAUGCUGUCG